AUGCCCGUGAGAAACUGGACUAAAAAAUGGCCCCAACUUCUCCAGCCCGUCAACACCUUGCACAUCUCACGCAAGUCGGUCGAGAUCGACCGGGAUUUCCGCGUCCACCUUGUGGCGGCGGGCCAACAACAAGCCUUCGAUCUCCGACAAAGCCGCCAAUCAGCAGUUGAAAGCGCGAAGGCUGCGAGCGAUCGAUUGGAAGCGAGAUGA